CGGUCGGGCGGCCUGCGGUCUUUGGGUGAAGGCGGGAACUGAAGGGUGAAGCGUGGACAUUGCAGCUUCGCACGUUCGAUUGCUCCCCUUCUGUUUGAACCGUUUGUGGCUUUUUAUUCAAAUUAAUCGAAGGUUAAAGACUUUGUCUUAACAUGCACAAGAACAAGAAAGCCUGGUUUUCUCAAAGUGUAAGCAGGCACAUUUGUGAUCUUUGGGUAACCGAAGGUGGGAUCAUCACAAACUGGUGUUCAGCUGAUUUCUUAUUUAGCAAUGAUGCUGCUCAUCCUGACACACAGAGAAUCUUUGAGAGUUUGGAUUUUGUAGAGGACAAGGCUACAGUCUUUCAUGCUAGUUAUCUUUCGGCAUGUGAAGAGUCAGGGCUCAAGGAUAGUGUAGCAAUGGGCCAUUUUCUGCUUCCUCCAUCCUGCCUUCAUGAAGAAAUUCGAGCAGCAGUUGGAAAUUUCAUUUGGGAGCUGGACAAUCCUUUGCAACCUCAGCAGACGUACCCUGUAAACAACAUGGUUACUGGUUUUAUCUCUAUCGACGAGCUGAAGAAGUACUCAGGAGAUUUGUACGACUUCAUUCCAGGCAGCACGGGUUAUUCAGUCUGUCGUGCCCAAAGAGAAAAAAUGUUUUCAGUUUUAAAAAGCAGAAACAGGAACCACACAUUUAUUCAUACAAAUUAAACAAGACUGAA